UGGCCUUUCCCUUUCCAUAAAUAGCAUCUGAAUGACCAGGGAGAGCCCUCACUUUCCUGCUAGCAUCACUGCCCUAAACUGCAUUAUAACAUCCAUAAUGGCAUUCAAUGGAACCUGGCAGGUCUAUGCUCAAGAGAACUAUGAAGAGUUUCUGAAAGCCCUUGCAUUGCCAGAUGACCUUAUCAAAGUCGCCAAAGAUAUUAAGCCUGUUGUUGAAAUACAACAAAAAGGGGAUGACUUUGUUGUGACAUCAAAAACACCCAUGCAAUCUGUAACUAACUCAUUUACGCUUGGAAAAGAGGCUGACAUUACUACUAUGAAUGGCAGAAAGCUAAAGUGUACUGUGAACAUGGUAAAUGGGAAGCUUGUGUGCAAAUCAGACAAAUUCUCUCAUGAGCAAGAAAUUAAAGGAAAUGAAAUGGUGGAGACUAUGACUUCUGGUGGAGUAACACUUGUCAGAAGAAGCAAGAGAGUUUAAAGACAGAUCACCUUUUUUGUGACAUCUUUACAUACCUAAAAUAAAGUGCAGUUUCCACAA